AAAAAAUAUAUUAUUAAUUCCGUCAGCUAUACACGGCAAAAACUCACAUUAUAUAAACUCUGCCAAAGCUGCAGAGACAACAACACAGAACUAGAAAAGAGAAACACUAUUAGAUCAUCACUUCUCAGAUUUCGAUAUUCCCAAUAAAUAAUAAAUACUCUCAGUUCUUCUCUUCUCCAAGAACAAAAAAAAAAAAUGAAUUCAGAAUCGCUAGAAAAUCUUCACCGUCCAUUAAUCGAAUCAUCGAAGUCGUUCGUCGAUUAUCGUCUCGAGACUGUGUUAACAGAUCGAGAGUUACCGUAUUUUCGCCGGAUUUAUCUAGCGAUGAUGAUUGAGAUGAAGUUUCUCUUUCAUCUGGCGGCUCCGGCGAUCUUUGUUUACGUCAUCAACAACGGCAUGUCAAUUCUUACACGUAUCUUCGCUGGACACGUAGGAAGCUUCGAACUCGCCGCCGCUUCACUUGGAAACAGUGGUUUCAACAUGUUCACCUAUGGACUUCUGCUUGGAAUGGGAAGUGCAGUGGAAACAUUAUGUGGUCAAGCACAUGGAGCUCAUAGAUACGAAAUGCUUGGAGUUUACCUCCAAAGAUCAACAGUUGUUCUAAUCCUAACAUGUCUACCAAUGUCAUUUCUCUUCCUCUUCUCAAAUCCGAUCCUCACAGCACUUGGAGAGCCAGAGCAAGUGGCAACAUUGGCUUCAGUAUUCGUCUACGGUAUGAUCCCGGUGAUCUUCGCUUACGCAGUCAAUUUCCCUAUCCAGAAGUUUCUCCAAUCACAAAGCAUCGUCACUCCAAGUGCCUACAUAUCAGCUGCAACGCUUGUGAUCCAUCUCAUACUUUCGUGGAUCGCUGUGUAUCGUCUUGGUUACGGUCUUUUGGCUUUGUCUUUGAUACAUAGCUUCUCGUGGUGGAUCAUUGUUGUGGCUCAGAUUGUUUAUAUUAAAAUGAGUCCGAGAUGUCGUCGGACUUGGGAAGGUUUUAGUUGGAAAGCUUUUGAAGGUCUUUGGGAUUUUUUCCGAUUAUCAGCUGCUUCUGCCGUCAUGCUUUGUCUUGAAUCUUGGUACUCUCAGAUUCUUGUUUUACUCGCCGGACUUCUCAAGAACCCUGAGCUUGCUUUGGAUUCUCUUGCUAUCUGCAUGUCAAUUUCUGCAAUCUCAUUCAUGGUCUCCGUUGGAUUCAACGCAGCUGCAAGUGUGAGAGUAAGCAACGAGCUAGGAGCCGGAAACCCGAGAGCAGCCGCGUUCUCCACAGUCGUGACAACGGGAGUAUCAUUCUUACUAUCGGUUUUCGAAGCCAUCGUGGUCUUAUCGUGGCGUCACGUCAUCAGCUAUGCGUUUACUGAUAGUCCAGCAGUGGCUGAGGCCGUUGCGGAUUUAUCUCCCUUUUUAGCCAUCACAAUUGUCCUCAAUGGAAUUCAGCCUGUUUUGUCCGGUGUGGCUGUUGGAUGUGGAUGGCAAGCAUUUGUUGCGUACGUAAACAUUGGAUGUUACUACGUUGUGGGGAUUCCAGUGGGAUUCGUUCUUGGCUUCACUUAUGAUAUGGGAGCUAAGGGAAUAUGGACUGGGAUGAUUGGUGGUACUUUAAUGCAAACAAUAAUCUUAGUGAUUGUCACUUUACGAACUGAUUGGGACAAAGAGGUAAAUUAUUUUUAUUUUUUUAAUCUAGGAGCAUUUUUAGGUUUAUAAUGAAAAGUUUUAUGCACAAAUCUUUGUAUGAGUUUUGGUAGAUAUGAUAAUGAUGGAAUUCAAUGAAUCGUGGUAUUAAUCUAAAUUUAUUUUGUAAUUUAGGUUGAGAAAGCUUCGAGCAGAUUGGACCAGUGGGAAGAGAGCCGUGAGCCGCUUUUGAAGCAAUAAAUAAAUUAAUGAAAUGAUUUGUUUAUUUUUAUUUUUUUUGGGAGUUUUGAGGUCAGAUUGAAAUCAAAAUUUUUGUUUCCCCGAAAUAUGGCGAUAGAUGAUCACUUGUAAGAUGCAUAUUCAAUUGUUAAACUCUCGUUUUUCAAUCGAAAAAUGUAUAUCGCUUUGUUAUUUAAUGACUUGGAAAUUUGAGUUUUUUUUUUGGUUUCUUGGUGUUGUGGGAGUUUUUUUUUUGAUGGACAUUUGAGAUUAGAAUAUAUAGGAGCAAAGUUGAAAGUUUAUUUCAGUGUAUGAUUGUAUAUGAAAAUAAAGAGUGAGUUGUUUCUUCUUACCAACUUCUGUCAGUUUUUAGCUAAAAGUUGAAGAAGAAAGGGUAUCUUUUCAACGUCUGAUUAAUAGGAGUUAGGACCAAAU